AUGUAUUGUGGGAGCUCUCUCGAGUGGAUAAAAGCCAGAGAGCCGGAGGUCCAGGCCAUGAAGGAGACCAAAGAGUUGGAGAAAGAGUUGAGUGAAGUCCUGAAGAAGACCAGGAGUGGACUGAAGCAAGUGAGGCACCAUGUGCAGAAGAUGGAGAACCUCAGCGUCACCUCUGUCCACGUGCCUCUGGACCCUGAGGUGGAUCUGGAGACCGUCUGCUCAUCAGCAUCGCCCAAAUCCUCGCUCCUUUACUGCUUCCAACCCGUCCUUCUCAACAGAUCCAUCUACCAGGCCCAGCUGCAGAAGUACACUGCCGCCACCAUGUGCCUUGUUGAUGGAUGGAAAAGCAACAAUGUUCUCGCCAAGUUCGACCAUUCCAAACAACCGAGAGUCCGAUUACCAGAUCUGCCGGCGGACCGCGUCGGGAACGUGCUCGCCCAUAUCCGCGCUCUUCCCGCUCUCAGAAGCAACCAGGCGUUCAAGAUGUCGGUGCUUUUCAAAAACCAAUCCCAGUCCUUCGUCACCGCAGGCCGUGAGUCCAGACCGCAGCUGGAGCAGUGGCUGCAGGAGUUGGAGGGUUGUGCGGAGAAGCUGGACAGUAUGAACAAAGGAGCCAGGAUCCUGGAGCUGUUGCGAGCGGCGAGGGCAUUGUCGGAGAGGGUUUGUGCAUCUAUGGCUUGA